AUGGCUCUUCAUGAACAAGCACGCGAUUCUAAAGCAUUUCUUUUCACCGAAGUGGCUGAGAAAGAAGAGCUACUGCGGUCACUGGAGGCGCUGUCCGGAUCUGCUGAAGUUGCCACUCAUGCGGACUUGCUAUGGUGGACAAUUCAGAAGUUCAAAGAAGUGCAGCUUCUAUCAAAGACUGGAAAGACAAAUGAAAAGCCGAAGGAGAGCGUUGAAAGCCAUGAAAGCGUUGACGAUGCUAGAGCAAAGAGAGCUGCGCGAGCUGCCAAAAUGCGUGAACAAGCCAUGAUGAAGAUGUCGAAAAUGCAGAAGUCGUUCUUGAAAGUGAUGGAAACGGAGAAUCCGUCCAUUACGGAACAAGUAAAUACCGGCGGGGUUGCAGCUGAAUUUCGCGGUGACGAUGAUGAGGAUUUCGUGAGCAAGCAACAAGAUCAUGGCUUCCCAGUAUGUCUUGGACCGCAAAAAAGUAGUGUCGAUGUGGUUUUGCCUCGCAAAGUCACGUGCAUACUUUGUCAAGAAGAAGAAGUUCUGACUCCUAGCAACGGGAAGGCUUUCGUUUGUGCUGCUUAUGUGCAGAAGUCGAGACUUUUUGCACAACAAGGUGAGCCAGAAACGGACGCUAAGCUUCGAGAUUUGGCACCCGCCAACCUACUUGUUGGAAUCGAUGCUUCCACAUGCUCACAUACCAUGCACUAUGAAUGUUUCCAUAGUUUGUCCGAAACUCUUCUGAGCAGAGAACGCCAGAGACCGCGCCAACAGAUGGUUUUCAAUCAAAAAAUGGUGGACCCAGAGGUCGGUGAGUACCUUUGCCCACUCUGUAAACGUCUUUCAAACACCGCCAUGCCAUUGCUGCCUGCUUUACAAUUGAUGGAUAUUGAUGGUUUCUCUACUGCUCGUGGUGAUGAUGUAGAAGAUUUUGAUAGUUGGGUUGGAAGAGUUAAAGCUCUUCUCGAAACUCCUCCAGUGCGGCAAACUCCUACGCAGAAGCCGAAGUCGCACAGCAGAAAGAGGUCUCAUUCUGAACGUUCGCUUCUGGAACUUGCCAAACAAGGAGAUGAACUUUCCACGAUGCCUUUGGAUAACGCACUUUCUACAUCCGUUCCAUCUGCGUCAACCAUGUCGUUGCUCUUGGGACAAAAAUCUCCAACUCAUAUUGUCUCCCCGACAGUGUCUACUGCUUCAUGUACUGCCAUGGGUGAGGACAUUUAUGCCUAUAUAGAUGACGAAGACCCGCAAAGAGCUGUAGAUUUGUUCCGCGAAAUGACAGAAAUUAUGCGUGGUCAGGAUUUGGAAACGCGCACAGAGGAACCGACUUCUCCUCCACCGCAUGAGACGGCCACGUCAUCAGAUUUGGCAGGUAGACGUGAACGUCGCAAUGAUGGCACUGCGUCGCGUUUCGGUUUCCUGGGAGGGAUCAUCAAGGGUUUGCCGGCUGCUGGAGUGGCGGUCUUGCUGAAGUUGCUUAGAAAGAUUGUGGGACCGUCUUAUGAGCGAUAUGAGGAGAUGGUGAAAGUAUUUAGCAGCAUGCUGUUGCAUAAGGGAAGACUACGUGGACCGGAUGAUUCGAAGUCCCGGGAGAUUCAUGAUGACGUGCACAGUCCUCCAGCAGCCUUGGCUGUGUGGAAGAGCGCUGCACAUGUAGCAAGAACUACUGCCGCUGUGCUGGCUAACGAAGGAAAGCCGCUUUUCUGCGCCAUGAACACUCGCCAGCGCGAUUGCCUUCUGGCUAUGGCUCGCUUAUCAGCUGUGCUUUCUUUCUGUAUACAACUCCUUCCUGACUUCACCGCAAAUAUGUUACGCGUUUUGCUCGCUCCACCACCGCCAGCGGCAGCCUCCGCCGCAGGUGCCGUUCCUGUUAGUCCUCGUUCUCCAGAAUAUAACGCAACAACGAGUCCAGUGCACAGUUUCACCAGCCCUUCGCCACUUUCGUCUUCUGCUGAUUCACCAGCAAAAUUGUUGUCAUCUACUUUCGCUCAACUGUUUUCAAGCAAGAAAGAAGUCAACAUCAAUUUGCUCCAUGUGGAUAUGUUAAGCUUAGCUAUAUCACUAAUGAUGACUGUUGGGUGGACCUGGCAUGAUGGUGUGCAAUCUUUCAAACCAACUCGACAACUGCGUGAGAUGCUGCCGGACGGCUCGCAGGAUGAACUCCAUGUUCUAAGACUUUGCUUGACUGGACUAUAUUUCCAGGUGUUCGUAACGUUUGAGGACAGUGACAUGGCAGAUGCGCAAGAAGUUGCAAAAAUUGAUGGAGCAGUUGCCACUCGUUUGGAAUUACUGUGGUUAAUAGCGAGACCUACUGACCCUGAUUUGGUGGAU